CUAGUUAUUUGUGGGGAGGGCGCUGUAGCCAUUUCGCCACAUGAAAGCCCGAUGAGCUGAACGACCAACAUCCGACUUGUUCGCGGAGAAGAGAAAUCGGCUUUUCAGCAAGGACGUACACGAACUCGCGCGCAAAAAGACGCACGGCGCGCAAAAGACGCACGGCGCGCAGACACGUACACUUCCUCCUCCUCCUCCGCGUUGGAAAAAAAAAGGAGAGAGAGAGAGAGAGAGAGAGAGAGAGGGCACACGCAAACGCAAACUUCUAAGUCUCCCAUGUGGAAAGCGGAGGUUUGAGGAUAAGGUACUCCGUUCCUUCCCCCCCUCUCUCCCUCUCUUUCUCUCCCUCUCUCGGUGUUUUUUUUUUUUGCUGCACCGGAUAGUUGUGAUUCUAUGAGAGUCUCUCUCAGCGAGAAGAGAAGUUUGGUUGUUUGCCUGGUCGGCUGAGGAGGAGGUGGUGGAGGAGAAGAAGAAGAGUCGGGUUAGAAGUGGGGGAAGAUGGUCCGCAACGGCGCUUGGAGAAGAAGCUUGCUGUGCGUCCUGGCGCUCAGUCUCGGCUUCGCCCUCCCGCCGUGCAAAGCUCGGAUUUACACCAACCACUGGGCAGUCAGGAUAGGCGGUGGAACCGAGGUGGCCGAGCGGAUAGCGGAUAAAUAUGGCUAUAGGAACAUGGGACAGAUUGGGGAUCUCAAAGACCACUAUCACUUCUUCCAUAGCCGGACCAUCAAGAGGUCGACUUUGUCGAGUCGUGGUCGCCAUAGUUUCAUCUCCAUGGAGCCAAAG